AUUUUAAGUAAGAUUUAUUUCACUUUGGACUUUGAAAGUAAUUGUUGCGGUGCGCGCAGUUUUAAAACACACGCGUGCGUUCAGGCAGGAAAACAAUUAUUAUUCGCAUUUGUUUCUGUUCGCUGUCUACCUGAACACACAAAACACGGUCUAGCAGCAAACGGGAACAGACGCCCGCUGGGCUGCCCGGAUUUCAUGCAACGCAGCCUAAAUGACCACAAACGGUUAACGUCCGGAAUUACAAAAUGGAUGGGUAUUUGGACCAGCAAGUGCCUUAUACUUUAGCAAACAAAUCGCACGGAAAUGGGCCCUUAAAUAGACUAUUGAUGGCGACAAAAAGGAAAUAUAUGGACACGGAAUUACCCCCUCAGGAAUCUGAAGAUCUCUUUCAGGAUUUAAGCCAACUUCAGGAGACGUGGCUUACAGAAGCUCAGGUUCCCGACAGCGACGAGCAGUUUGUCCCCGACUUCCAUUCAGAAAACUCAGUAGCGUUCCACAGCCCCCCAGUGAAGAUCAAGAAGGAGCCCCAGAGUCCCGGCUCCGAUCCCAGCCAGUCUUGCAGCCACAAGCAGACCUUCACCUACCCACAUGGGGAGCAGUGCCUUUACGCCAGUGCCUAUGAGCAGAAGAGAGCAGUGGGACCCAAGACCUCGAACCCAGGGACCCCCAUGUCUCCCAUGCAGCAUUACCCCGCCAAACCCCCCCUGAUCUCCCAGCCAGAAUCGGGGUACAUGAACCCCCCUGCUGCGUCCCAGCCGUUAUCCAGCCACGGCUACCCCAUGGACCACAGUUCCAGGUACCCCCAGCCCUCUACGGAGAUGUGCCACUCGUACCCGCCUCAGGGCCAGGCCGUGCAGCACCCCCACCCCACCCCGGGCGGAGGAGGUGGCGGAGGCGGGAGGGGACGAGCAGGUGGAGGAGGAGGAGGAGGAGGAGGAGGAGGAGGGGGCUACCAGCGGCAGCAUUCCGACCCCUGCAUGCCCUACCUGCAGCAGAGCUUUAAGCAGGAGUAUGUGGACCCCCACUACAGCCGGGCCAGCCACAUGUCAGGGGUGCACCCCCAGAGGUACCCCCCGGCCCACAUGAUGGUCAAGCAGGAACCCACCGACUACUCCUAUGAGCCAGAUGUGCCUGGCUGCCCUUCGAUGUACCUCCACAAUGAGGGCUACCCCAACCCCCUGCACAGCAGCGAGGGCUUUCCCUUUGAGAAUGACUCCCGGGUUGUUCCAGAGAAGUUUGAAGGUGAGGUGAAGCAGGAAGCAGGCACCGCGUUCCGCGAGGGUGCCCCCUACCAGCGCCGUGGCUCCCUGCAGCUGUGGCAGUUCCUGGUGGCCCUGCUGGAUGACCCUGCAAAUGCCCACUUCAUCGCCUGGACUGGCCGUGGCAUGGAGUUCAAACUCAUCGAGCCCGAGGAGGUGGCCAGGCUGUGGGGGAUGCAGAAGAACCGGCCGGCCAUGAACUACGACAAGCUGAGCCGCUCCCUGCGUUACUACUAUGAGAAGGGCAUCAUGCAGAAGGUGGCGGGCGAGCGAUACGUGUACAAGUUCGUGUGCGAGCCGGAGGCGCUCAUCUCCCUGGCCUUCCCCGACAAUCAGCGGCCCAGCCUCAAGGCCGAGUUCGAGCGCUACGUCAACGAGGAGGACACCGUGCCCCUGUCCCACCUGGACGAGGGCACGCCCUACCUCCCUGAGCAGUCCGCCCCCAACAUGGGCCCCCAGUCCUACUCCAAAGGCUACAUGUACUAACACUCCUGGCCCCCCCAACCCCCCCCCCGUUCCCCUCUCUUGCACACGCUCGCCCUACCCCUUGUAUAUAUAUGGCUAUGGUGUUUUGUUUAAAUGAAUCCUGUUAGGGACUCGGUUUUAAAAGCUGUAUUCUUCUCACUUCGGAGGCCUAUUCUAUCAAAAACACAUGACAGUGGUUAAACUGAUCACUUAAUAAA